CAACAAAUCUCUUUAAGAUGCUUUUGAAGUAUAGGCCUGAGGACAGAGCUACCAAGAAGGACCGACUUCUGAAACGGGCACAAGCUGAGACUGAAGGGAAGACCAUUGAAUCCAAGAAACCAAUUGUUGUGAAAUAUGGGCUUAAUCAUGUUACUUACCUCAUUGAGCAGAACAAGGCGCAAUUGGUGGUUAUUGCUCAUGAUGUUGAUCCGAUAGAACUGGUUGUUUGGCUUCCAGCUUUGUGCAGGAAGAUGGAGAUACCUUACUGCAUUGUGAAGGGAAAAGCUCGAUUGGGAACAAUUGUCCACAAGAAGACUGCUGCAGUGCUGUGCCUGACCACCGUGAAGAAUGAAGAUAAGCUCGAGUUUAGCAAAAUAUUAGAGGCUAUUAAGGCCAACUUCAAUGACAAGUUUGAUGAGAUCAGGAAGAAGUGGGGAGGCGGAAUUAUGGGUUCCAAGUCUCAGGCCAAAAGUAAGGCCAAGGAAAAGCUCCUGGCUAAAGAAGCUGCUCAGAGGAUGAGCUAGCUUGUUUUUCGUCUUAGGAAAUAUGCGUAUGGAGCUAUUUUUGUACCCAGAUCCUCCUUUUAGUAGAUUUUGAUGACCUUUGGUUGUGUAGACUUCUUGUUAUGUGGACCGAUUAAGUACGUGUCAAAAUACAUGUUUUAUUUUGGGGCACAGUUGUCUUUAUUUUUAUUAAAUCUUUAUAAUUUGAUUUAUUUUAUGAUUUGGUAGAGGACAAUGGUUGCAAUGUGAGUUAAGUUAGCUUGGGGGCCGAUUUUAGCUCGACUUAUUAGUGAGCUCAUGAGUCAUUAUUAAUGUCUAUUAAUUAAACUUUUGGAUU